CUGGCUCAGUGGAGAGGGGAGCAGCGGUGCGGCUGUGAGCUCUUGGGAAGUUUGCUCGACUCCAGCUCGGCCUAACCGGUCCCUGCCCGACCGCACCGACCGCACCCGAGCUCCGUGUUUGCUCGGCGUCCGCCCGGCCAGCCAUGGGAGCCCUGUGCCGCUGUUUCUCCGCGAUUCUACUUCUGCUGCAGGUCUCAUCGUUGCUCUGCCAGGAGCCAGAACCCGAGCCCUGUCGUCCCGGCUUCAGUGCCGAGGUCUAUACGUUCCUGGUGCCGGGGAGGCACCUGGAGAGAGGCCGCGCCCUGGGUAGAGUGAGAUUUGAAGGGUGCACUGGUCGGCCAAGGACAGCUUACUUUUCUGAGGACUCCAAAUUCAAAGUGGCUCCUGACGGUGCCAUCACGCUCAAGCGACCUCUAAACCUUCAUAAACUGGAGACGAGUUUUCUUGUCCAUGCCUGGGAUUCUACUCACAAGAAGUUUACUGCCAAAGUGAUACUGAAGUCUGUGAGGCACCACCAACACCGCCACCACCACCAUGAUCCUGCCUCUGGAUCCGAGCCAGAAGUGCUCAUGUUUCCCAGCUCUCACCAGGGUCCCAGAAGACAGAAACGAGACUGGGUCAUCCCCCCCAUCAGCUGCCCAGAAAAUGAGAAGGGCCCGUUUCCUAAAAAACUGGUUCAGAUCAAAUCCAAUAGGGACAAAGAAACCAAGGUUUUCUACAGCAUCACUGGCCCAGGAGCUGACAGACCUCCUGUUGGUGUGUUUAUCAUCGAGAGAGAAUCAGGCUGGCUGAAAGUGACAGAGCCUCUGGAUAGAGAAAAUAUUGCCACUUACACCCUCUUCUCCCAUGCUGUGUCAUCCAAUGGGGAGGCAGUGGAGGAUCCCAUGGAGAUUCUGGUCACAGUGACCGAUCAGAAUGACAACAAGCCAGAGUUCAUCAAGGAGGUGUUUGAGGGAACUGUCUACGAGGGCGCUCGUCCAGGAACCUCUGUGAUGCAGGUCUCAGCCACUGACGCAGACGAUGAUGUGAACACCUACAAUGCUGCUAUUGCCUAUACCAUCAUCAGCCAAGAUCCCGAGCUGCCUCACAAAAACAUGUUCACUGUUAAUAGAGAGACAGGGGUUAUCAGUGUGCUCACCUCCGGACUGGACCGAGAGAGUUAUCCUACAUAUACCCUGGUAGUUCAAGCUGCUGACCUUCAAGGCGAAGGCUUAAGCACAACAGCGACAGCCGUGAUCACCGUCCUCGAUGUUAACGACAACGCUCCCAUCUUUAACCCAACCACGUACGUGGGUCAAGUGGAUGAGAAUGAGGAAAAUGCGUAUAUUGCCACACUCAAAGUAACUGAUGAUGAUGCCCCCCAUACUCAAGCGUGGCAGGCCGUGUACACCAUAGUCAAUGAUCCUGACCAUCAAUUUGCUGUUAUCACAGACCCCACAACCAAUGAUGGCAUGCUGAAAACAGCUAAGGGCUUGGAUUUCGAAACCAAGCAGCAGUAUGUUCUAUAUGUGACAGUGGCCAACGUGGACCCCUUUGAGGGGAAUCUUGCCCUUUCCACAGCCACUGUGACGGUGGAUGUGGUGGAUGUGAAUGAAGCCCCCAUCUUUGUGCCAGCCGAGAAGAGGGUGGAAGUACCGGAAGACUUCGGUGUGGGUCAGGAAAUCACAUCCUACACUGCCCGCGAGCCAGACAUAUUCAUGAACCAGAAGAUUACGUAUCGGAUUCUGAGGGACACUGCCAAGUGGCUGGAGAUUAACCCAGAGACUGGUGCCAUUUCCACUCGGGCUGAGAUGGACAGAGAAGACGUGGAGAACGUGAAGAACAGCACGUAUACAGCUCUCAUCAUCGCUACAGAUAAUGGUUCCCCAGCUGCCACUGGCACAGGGACUCUUCUCUUGGUCCUAUCUGACAUCAAUGACAACGCUCCCAUCCCAGAACCUCGAAGUAUGCAAUUCUGCCAGAGGAACCCACAGCCCCAUGUCAUCAACAUCAUCGAUCCAGACCUGCCCCCCAAUACAUUCCCCUUCACUGCUGAACUCACCCACGGGGCCAGUGUCAACUGGACCAUCGAGUACAAUGACCCAGGCCAAGAAUCUCUCCUUUUGAAGCCAAAGAAGGCCUUAGAAUUAGGUGAAUACAAAAUCAACCUCAAGCUCAUGGAUAACCAGAACAAAGACCAGGUGACCACACUGGACAUCCUUGUGUGUGACUGUGAAGGGGCUGUCAACAACUGCAUGAGGGCAGGCUACGUGGAAGCAGGAUUGCAAGUUCCUGCCAUCCUCGGCAUUCUUGGAGGGAUCCUGGCUUUGCUGAUUCUGAUCCUGCUGCUCCUACUGUUUCUACGGAGGAGAACGGUGGUCAAAGAGCCCCUGCUGCCUCCAGAUGACGACACCCGGGACAAUGUGUAUUACUAUGAUGAAGAAGGAGGUGGAGAAGAGGACCAGGACUUUGAUUUGAGCCAGUUGCAUAGGGGCCUGGAUGCUCGACCUGAAGUGAUUCGAAACGAUGUGGCUCCCAGCCACCUGAGCAUGCCCCAGUAUCGUCCCCGACCAGCCAAUCCUGAUGAAAUCGGGAACUUCAUCGAUGAAAAUCUGAAGGCAGCUGACAGCGACCCCACGGCACCCCCUUACGACUCUCUGCUGGUGUUUGACUAUGAGGGGAGUGGUUCCGAAGCUGCUAGCCUGAGCUCACUGAACUCCUCCGAGUCGGAUCAGGACCAGGACUACGACUAUCUGAACGAGUGGGGCAACCGCUUCAAGAAGCUGGCUGAUAUGUACGGUGGCGGCGAGGAUGACUAGGAGACUACAGAGGAGCCCCUGGGUGCGGCCAUGGAAGGUUCAGAAUAAUGUUGCCAGUGGCCUUUCGUCUCCUUCCCCAAGUUUGUAAAAAGAGAGACUGAUUUGAUAUGCGGUUUGCAUGGUGGCCUCGUUCUACCAGUCUACUGUGUUAGAAUGGUUGUCAUUUGUUCUUGAAAUCAGUUUUUUGUUUUUACAGGGCUGGGAUUUGAACUCUGCCACUGAGUCACAGGCCCACCCUCUCCUUAUUUUAAUAUUUCUCUCCUUUUCCGUGGAUGGGAUGAAUAUGGGGCUUUACAGUGAGAGGCGAGUCCUCUUGUUACCAACCUAUUGCCCCAGUUGAGAGUUUUUUUUAUUUCAGAAUGACAAUUCGAGCCUCAGAAGGGUCAGCUAGCACUGGCAGUUUAAGAGAUAGGGGAGAGGGUCUGCCCUAUUUCUCUUUCAUUGUGUAUAGGAAAUGGUUUGUUUUUGUUUUUGAGCUAGGGAUCUAGGCAAGUUCCAAGCCCUUCACCCCGCACUAAAUUUUUUUUUUGUUUUGUUUUUUUUGUUUUUUGAGACAAGGUUUCUCUGUGGUUUCGGAGCCUGCCCUGGAACUAGCUCUUGUAGACCAGGCUGGUCUCGAACUCCCAGAGAUCCGCCUGCCUCUGCCUCCCAAGUGCUGGGACUAAAAAUUUUAAAUUGUGUACUUUCCCACAGUUAUUAUGUUUGUGUUCUGUAUUCUCAUACCCACUUAUGCUCCUGAAUUCUGUUGCCCUGCCCAGGUGCUAUACUCUAUGAUGCGGAAGUGACUGGGUCUUUUUGUGGUGAGAGACAGGUAUCGUGGGAGGGGUGCGACUGAAGGGGUAGUGUAGAUUUAAAGACCUUCAUAGUUUUCCUUCCUCACCUCCAGAUUUCUCACUUGAAAUGGGAAUUCCUUGUGCGGAGUCACUGUCUUCUAGGUGAAAGCCACAGUGGGGUGUGUUGCUCCGGUUCUCUGUAGGGAGCCAUGACCACAGCUGGUAGGAAGGCUUUCAGGCCCCCUUCGGUUUCUUAUGCUUCCUUCACACCAACGUAAAAGAGCCGUGUGCUCUAAGACUCCCCAGUGCCCAGCGUGCUGCAGCCAAAGACAGAGAGCAAAUGCGAGAGACUGGCUCGUGUGUCACGGUGCCUGGCCAGCUCACACACUGAUGGUGAGGCUUGAACUCUUUCUCAGGAAACUUCUGGAAGAAUAGAGGGGUCUCACCAUGUGCUUCCUGGCUGGAGUCCUUUUCUGCAGCUUCUGAAGCCCAGGAAGCAUGCCCUUCCAAUGCCUGCUGCUUUUGAUGGUAGCUACAGAAAAUGCUGGCUGAGUAGGGCCAAGUAUGCAUAGAAAACUGAGACUAUUAGAAAUUGUGCAUUUUCUUGUAGAAGCAGGAAGAAACACUGUUCCAAUGGGAGAAAGGGGGCGAGGGCCUUGAUUUGAGUCUUUUAAUUAAAAAUGAAAAUUUCAGCUUUUUGAUAACCACUGGAGAGAAUUUUGUUAAAAGUGCUUUACUCGCGACUAUUUUUUGGGAGAAAAUAAUGACUGCAAUCAACUGUGAGAACUGUUGAUUUCUCUGUAGUUUAAAUGUCUACUGUAGUCAGUGUAGAGUGUCACUUGUAUGUAGUUUGAGUGUAUAUGUGUGUGGGUACUGAUAAUUUUGUAUUUUAUGGGGAGUGGAAAGGUAAAAGAUUAAAACUGUUCUAAGAUACAUUUUUAUAAAUUUUAUUAAAGAGUUUUGUUAAACUGU